AUGGAGGAAUCAAGUAGUUUAGAUUGUAGAUCCGAGCCAAUACCUCAAAUCAUCUAUCGCUGCAAGAAGUGCCGAAGGAUUGUUGCUUCACAGGAGCAAAUAGUUUCUCAUGAACCUGGAGCUAAAAAAGGUUUCAGGUGGACAGGGAAAAAGGGGGGACCAUUGCACAUGAAUGAAGAGCCAGCAGAAUGUUCGUCCAUUUAUGUAGAGCCUAUGAAGUGGAUGGAAGCAGUUCAAGAAGGUUUUGUGGGACAGAAGCUGCAGUGCAUUGGCUGUAAAGGUCGCCUGGGUUCGUUCAAUUGGGCAGGAAUGCGGUGCAACUGUGGAGCAUGGGCUAUUCCUGCAUUUCAGCUGCACAAAAAUCGGGUGGAUGAAUGCAGUCUGUGA